AUGGGCGCGCUGAACAGUAACCUGGUUACCAACUACCACCAAGGCUGGCGGCUGGUAACGGCCAUGUGGUUACACGGCGGCGUGGUGCAUCUCGUGUGUAACCUCCUCGGCAUCGCCUUCCUGCUCAACCGCCUCGAGAAGGAGUUCGGGCUGUGUUCGCGAGAUGGUUGGGGGAAAGGGGAUGGACUGAUGUUGUGUGGUGGAGGGCGACCGACGGCCAUCUACCUUCUCAGUGGGUUCUUUGCUGCCGUCUUCUCAUGCCUCUUUCUCGACACACAGAUCAGCGUGGGUGCAUCUGGAGCGUUGUUUGGGCUGGUGGGUGCGUGCCUGUCGGAACUGCUGAUCAAAUGGAAGCUCUAUGACAACAGGGUAUGGCAUUGGGUGCUUGCUUUCUUUGAUGAGUAG